CUUUUACCAAAUCUCGAUUACAGUACAUCUGUAACUUUCCAUUUUUAAUAUGAACAAAUCCGUACACAUCCAUGGAUAAAGAAAGCUUAAGCUUCCAUUCCCAGAUUAUUUAAAUACCUAACCGACUUCGAUUUCAGGUAACAUUAUUAUCUUUCAAAUAUUAUAUUUUUAUAAUCGAUUCGAUCAGCCCAUACGGUUCAACGAAUCAGACUUCAUCUAUGUGCCAUUAUCUUUUUCUUUCUUUCUUUCUCUCUCCUCCUCUUUUCUUUUCCAUGGAUGCAAACAAGAUCACCAGCUCGGUGCCCUCCUUUGUAGCUCGAGCUAUCCAGUACUUUCUAUUAAUAGAAUAAUAUUUUACACUCAUACAUGUCUGCUAUUUGUAUCGGCAAGUGUCAAUUUCUAGUUUAUGUCAAUCCUAACCCGCCUUUAUAAAUCACCCCAACUCUCUUCUUCUUCUUUCUCAUCAUAUCAUGGCUAUUCCAAUUUCCCUCUGUUCAUCACUUGAUCUGGUUUAAAAGAUUGCUUUGCUUUGUUUUAGUUUCCCUCUUCUAGCUAGUUCAUCUUCGCUUGAUCUGGUUUCAUUUGAUUAAAAGGUUUGGUUAAAUAUGUCAAACCCUAGGCCAACCCAGUCAUCAGCAAGCUCAGGACGAUCCAAACAUAGUGCAAGAAUCAUCGCUCAAACGUCAGUCGAUGCGAAACUUCACGCCGAUUUCGAAUCUUCUGGAAGUUCAUUCGAUUACUCAAGUUCAGUAAGAGUUACAGGUGCUCUGGAUGGAGAUCAACCGCCGAGAUCCGACAAAGUCACGACGGCGUACCUUCAUCAAAUUCAAAAGGGUACACAAAUCCAACCCUUUGGCUGUUUACUAGCACUUGAUGAGAAUACUCAAAAAAUAAUAGCAUAUAGUGAAAAUGCACCUGAAAUGUUAACCAUGGUUAGUCACGCCGUCCCUAGUUUCGGUGAACAUCCGGUUCUAGGGAUUGGAACCGAUGUCAAAACCAUCUUCACUGGUCCGAGUGCUUCGGCUUUACAAAAGGCGUUAGGGUUUGGGGAGGUUUCUCUUCUUAACCCGAUUCUAGUCCAUUGUAAGACGUCUGGAAAGCCCUUUUAUGCAAUCCUCCAUCGUGUCACCGGAAGUUUGAUCAUUGAUUUCGAACCUGUUAAGCCCCACGAAGUUCCAAUGACGGCUGCCGGAGCUCUUCAAUCGUAUAAACUCGCAGCGAAAGCGAUCACCCGUUUGCAAUCUUUACCUAGCGGGAGUAUGGAGAGGCUAUGUGAUACAAUGGUGCAAGAAGUUUUCGAAUUGACCGGUUAUGACCGUGUGAUGAUUUAUCGAUUUCACGAUGACGAUCACGGGGAAGUCAUCUCCGAGGUAACCAAACCGGGGUUAGAACCUUACCUCGGUUUGCAUUAUCCCGCGACCGAUAUUCCUCAAGCGGCUCGGUUUCUGUUCAUGAAGAACAAGGUUAGAAUGAUUUGCGAUUGUCGCGCAAAACAUGUUAAGGUUCUUCAAGAUGAUAAGCUCCCCUCCGAUUUGACGUUGUGCGGGUCGACUCUACGUGCCCCGCACACAUGUCAUUUGCAAUACAUGGAGAACAUGAACUCGAUCGCAUCCCUCGUGAUGUCGGUUGUGGUAAAUGAGGACGAUGAGGAUGUCGGGGAGGCUUCGGAUACCACACAAAAGAGGAAGAAGCUAUGGGGUUUGGUCGUGUGCCAUAACCUGACCCCCCGUUUCGUUCCUUUCCCUUUACGUUACGCGUGCGAGUUUCUCGCGCAAGUUUUCGCGAUCCACGUGAAUAAGGAGUUGGAAUUGGAUAAUCAAAUUAUCGAGAAGAACAUCCUCCGAACACAAACCUUACUAUGCGACAUGCUCAUGCGCGAUGCUCCUUUGGGGAUAGUAUCUCAAAGCCCGAACGUUAUGGAUCUUGUUAAAUGCGAUGGCGCGGUCUUACUCUACAAGACAAAGAUAUACAAGCUCGGGGUAGCCCCUAGCGACCCGCAAAUUCGCGAUAUCGUUUCUUGGCUAACCGAAUACCACAUGGACUCGACCGGGCUUAGUACCGAUAGUUUGUACGAUGCAGGCUUCCCCGGGGCUCUUUCUUUAGGCGAUACAGUUUGUGGGAUGGCGGCCGUGAGGAUAACUUCGAAUGAUCUGCUGUUUUGGUUUCGAUCUCACACGGCCGCAGAGAUUCGAUGGGGCGGUGCAAAACACGAACCUGGUGAGAAAGACGACGGUCGAAGGAUGCACCCGAGGUCUUCGUUUAAGGCUUUUCUCGAGGUUGUUAGGAGGAGAAGCAUGCCUUGGAGGGAUUACGAGAUGGAUGCGAUCCAUUCGUUGCAGCUUAUAUUGAGGAAUGCAUCGAAAGAGAUUGAACCGAUGAAUUGUCCGACGAAUACGAUUCAGACAAAGCUGAAUGAUCUUAAGAUCGAGGGGAUUCAGGAGUUGGAAGCAGUUACUAGAGAAAUGGUUCGUUUGAUUGAAACAGCGACGGUCCCGAUCUUGGCAGUUGAUGUAAACGGGAUGGUGAAUGGAUGGAAUCUGAAAAUCGCUGAGUUGACAGGUUUGACGGUUGAAAAGGCGAUUGGCAAACAUUUAAUCACACUUGUUGAAGAUUCUUCCACUUCUAUAGUUGAAAAGAUGAUGAACUCCGCCACGGAAGGUAAAGAGGAGCAAAACGUCCAAUUCGAGAUAAAAACGCAUGGGACAAGGCGAGAUCAAGGUCCGAUCUGCUUGAUCGUUAACGCUUGCGCGAGUAGGGACCUAAACGAGAAUGUCGUGGGUGUUUGUUUCGUUGCUCAAGAUGUAACAAGCCAAAAAACAGUCAUGGACAAGUUCACCCGCAUAGAAGGAGACUACAAAGCCAUAGUUCAAAAUCCUAACCCUUUGAUUCCUCCAAUAUUCGGAACCGACGAAUUCGGUUGGUGUUCCGAAUGGAACCCAGCCAUGGCCAACAUAUCGGGUUGGGACAGAGACGAGGUCAUGGACAAAAUGCUCCUCGGAGAGGUUUUCGGUACUCAAAGGGCGUGUUGUCGUCUAAAGAACCAAGAAUCUUUCGUUAACCUCGGAGUAGUCCUAAACAAGGCUAUGUCGGGUCGAGAAUGCGAGAAAGUCUCGUUUGGUUUCUUUUCUCGCAGCGGAAAAUACAGCGAGUGCUUGCUUUGUGUGAGCAAGAAACUCGAUAGGGAAGGAGCGGUUACAGGUGUGUUCUGUUUCUUGCAGCUGGCUAGCCAUGAAUUGCAGCAAGCUCUUCAUUUCCAGCGAUUAACCGAGCAAACCGCGACGAAACGACUAAAAUCCUUGGCUUAUUUAAGGAGGCAGGUCAGGAAUCCUCUCUCCGGGAUCAUAUUUGCUCGGAAGAUGCUGGAAGGAACCGAUAUGGUACAAGAACAAUCCGACCUUCUUAGUAACAGCGCCCAAUGCCAACGUCAACUCAAUAAAGUUCUCGAAGAUACCGAUCUCGACAGUAUCAUAGACGGGUAUUUGGAUCUCGAAAUGGUUGAGUUUACUCUCCAUCAAGUGUUGGUUGCGGCUAUUAGUCAAGUUAUGAUGGCUAGCCGAGGGAAGGGAAUUCGUAUUGCAAACGACUUAGCCGAAGACAUCAUGUCCGAAACUCUCUAUGGAGAUAGCCUUCGGCUUCAACAAGUUCUAGCCGAUUUCCUUUCAUUGGCAGUUAAUUAUACCCCAAAUGGCGGCCAGCUCAGCAUUUCGGCGCGCUUGACCAAGGAUCGGCUUGGCGACUCUGUUCAGCUCGCUCAUUUAGAAUUCAGGAUAUCCCACGCUGGAGGGGUGCCUGAGGAGUUGUUGAACCAGAUGUUUGGGCACGAAGGAGAGCAAUCGGAAGAAGGAAUAAGUCUUCAUGUGUGCAGGAAGCUCGUGAGGCUCAUGAAUGGAGAUGUUCAGUAUUUGAGAGAGGCAGGUAGGUCCACUUUCAUUGUGGCGGUUGAGCUCGCGGCGGCUAGUAAGACUCGUGGUUGAUUUUGUCUUCGUGUUUAAUGUUUGUUUGUUGUUGUUUUUGUUGUUGUUUAUGUAAGCUGCUGGAUAAUUUGUAAAUAUUUUGGUUUAUGCAUGGUCAUCUUUUUCAGUUAUAUUCCAACUUGUUCAA